AUGCGUCCAAACAUCGUCCGAUCCGCCAUCCGAGCUGUACCUCGACCUACGGCGUCUGCUUCCGUUCCACCUCUGGUAUUGCCCCUUGCCUCAUCUUCGCUUACCAUCCGAACAUUCUCCUCGACUCCUCUAUCCCUAAAGAAAAACAAGGGUCCCAACGUCAAGACACCCAAGCAGAAGAUCAAGGUUGUGGAAGAUGAUGAAGCAGGAGCGAAUGAUGAUCCAGGUGCUGGCGAGGUAGUGAUUGCUGAAGUCCUCGAAAAGACUCAGGGGAAGAUUGAAAAGGCCGUUCAUUGGGCUAAGGCAGUUAUCUUCGAGGGUGUUGAGAGGGGACGAGGGAGAGUGACUCCCGCUCUACUUGAUUCUGUUAGAGUACAACUACCGGAUAGUCCUGGACAGUGUCAUUUGAAUGCGGUAGCUUCCAUAACGACAAAGGGUAAUGCACUGUUUGUCGAAGUCUGGGAUACGGAUGCUACUAAGCACGUCGAAUCUGCUAUCCACCAGGCCAACUUACCUGGUAUAUCGCCUCAAAAGACCGGAGCUAAUACGUUGAAAAUACCUGUCUCAAGGCCAACAACUGAACAACGUGCCGAGAUACUAAAAUCCCUAGCGAACACCGUCGAAGCUGCCAAGCAGCAAAUACGUAUGGCCCGAACGGACGGUUUCAAGCAUCUCGGUGGAAGGAAGUCGAACGGUACGGAUGAAGUUCAGAAAUUGGUUGACGAGGCUAGUAAAGAGCUGGACGGACAGAUGGUACUGGCAAAGAAAGAGUUUGAGAAGGCAUAG